CCCCCGUCACAUUAUUCUCUCCUCUUUUGUGCUGUACAAACUCCAAACAUUUCUCUCUUCCAAACUACUGAAGCGAAUAUGGCUGAUCUUCUUCUUGGUCCUCUUGUGGAUGUCACAACAUCCAAGGUGAUUUCAGUUACUACCGAGCAACUCAACUUAGCAGUGGGAUUCAAGCAGGAGCUCAAGAAGUUCCGUGUCGUGCUGAGAAUGCUAAGGGGUGUGCUGCAAGAUGCUGAGCAGAAGGAGGUGACAGGUCACUUUGAUCUGCAGGAUUGGCUUAAGGAGCUUGGAAAUAUAGUUGAUGAAGCUGACAAUGUGGUAGAUGAGAUUGCAUAUGAACAUCUAAGGUACAAGGUAGCUAGAAAACAAAUGUGGAAAAAGGUCAGCUAUUUCUUUACUCUUCCCAAUCCUUUAGCUUUUCGCUUUAAGAUAGCUAACAGGAUUAAGAAUUUAAAUUCAGACUUAGCUGACCUUAAUGUUUGGGCCACUGGGUUAGGGCUACAAUAUAGACUUGCAAGCAAGCAUCCUGAACAUAUUGAAACCCAACAAACAGAUUCCUCAAUUAGUGAUCCAUCAAAUAUUGUAGGAAGAGAAAAUAAGGUCCUAGAAGUUGUUCAAUCAUUGAUUGACUCAAGUAAUGAUCAACCUCUCCUUGUUGUAUCCAUAGUGGGUAAAAAUGUUGGGAGUAGGGUUCUUGUCACAACUCGAAGUGAAAAAGUAGCUUCCAUAAUGGGAACACUUUCUGAGCACAAGCAUCAUCUCGAGAAGCUAACAGAUGAAGAUUGUUGGUCCAUAAUCAAGCAAAGAGCAUUUGUCGGCUCAUCAUUCCCUCCAGAAUUGGAGAGGAUUGGAAGGGAUAUUGCUAGCAAAUGUAGAGGUUUAGCAUUAGUUGCAAAUGUUAUUGGAAGGAGUUUGUGCAAUAAUAGGAAAAAGGAUGACUGGUUAUCAAUUAAAGAUAAUAGUGAAGAAUGGGGUUCAGUAGAAGAAGCUAAUGGAGUUUUACGUGUGCUACAGUUGAGUUUCAAUCGCUUGCCAACACCUGCUUUGAAACAAUGUUUUGCUUUUAGCUCUAUUUUCCCUAAAGAUUCUGUCAUGGAAAAGGAGAUGUUAAUACAGCUCUGGAUGGCUGAAGGAUUUCUUCAGCCUCUUAGUGAAAGAUACAUGGAGAUGGAGGAUAUUGGUGAUAGGUAUUUUAAUGCAUUGUCAUCAUAUUCUUUAUUUCAAGAUGUUGAAAGAGAUUCUUAUGGGAGCAUUAUUGCUUGCAAAAUGCAUGAUUUAGUUCAUGAUCUUGCACAAUUUGUUUCAAAGUCCCAAACUUUGAUUUUGGAAGAUGGCAGCGGAAGGAAUAAUCCUGCAGACAUUCGACAUUUAAAUGUCAUUUCUGAUAAGGGUAUGGCAGCAACAAAAUUUGGGGAUGCCACUAAAAAAUUGCACACUUUGUUUUCACAAGUUGAUGUCUUUCACAGUAUGUCCAUGAACUUGAGAAAGGUGCGGGUUCUUAGUUUUUGCGGUGCUAAUAUUGAUCAGUUGCCAGCUUUUUUGGGGAAAAUGAAGCAUUUAAGGUUCUUGGAUGUUUCAAGAACUAAAAUCAAAGAACUUCCCAAAUUCAUCACCAAGUUCUAUCAUUUGCAGACAUUUAGAUUUAUGGAUUGUAACUAUCUCAAAGGGCCUUUGGAAGGUAUAUGGGAAUUAGGCCAUUUGAGACACAUCUAUUUCAAUGAUGAAGAGCUUAUGCCAGCUAGGAUUGGUGGACUAACUUGUUUGAAAACAUUACAAUUAUUUGUUGUGGGCCGACAAAAGGGACGUCAAAUUGAAGAAUUGAGAUGUUUAAGCCAACUCAGGGGAAAAUUAAAGAUUUGUAAUUUGCAUAUGGUUAAAGACAGAGAUGAAGCCAUGGGAGCAAGACUUUCUGAAAAGGCUACAAUUCAAGAGUUGCAUUUGGUGUUUGGUUGGAAAUCCUAUGGUAGUGAAGAUAGAUGCAAACAUGAUGAAGAUAUCUUGGAAGGCCUCCAACCUCAUUCAAAUUUGAAAGGCUUAAUUGUUGAAUACUAUUGUGGUAAAAGUUGUUCUUCAUGGAUGUUAGAAAUAGAAAAUUCAAUGUCAGAAAGAGUGAAUUUUCUUAAAAAUCUGAUGUUCAUGGCUUUUUAUGAAUGUCCUUUGUUGAAAAGCAUUCCAUCACUUUCACUUAGCGAUGAGGCAAAGGUAGAAAUUAAAAAUUGCAAGAAUUUGAAAAGCAUUACAUAUUUGUCCCUUCAGAAACUCAUCAUUGUGAAAUGUGAAGAACUAGUUGAGGUAGGGGUUGGACCAGUUGCCAUGAAGUCUCUCAAAGAAGUACAUAUAGAGAGUUGUGGUAAAUUGGAAAAUCUUUCGAUGAUUAGUAAAUUACAAUCUCUUGAGGUACUUGAACUUCAGCAAUGCACGGAAUUGAGGAUGAUUGGAGAUGACGCUCGAUUUACAUCCACGUGUCUACAAGAGUUAAAUAUUCAGAAUUGUCAUAGCCUGAUGUCCAUGCCCAGUGUAGAUGGGCUGUCCUCUCUUCAAAAAAUUGAAAUAGGCUACUGUGAGCAAUUGAAAAGCAUAGGAGAGGAUUUAUCUAUUGCCACGUGUCUCAAAGAGUUGACUGUAUGGGAGUGCAAUGGUUUGAUGUCCUUUCCGAACCUCCAUGGGCUGUCCUCUCUUCAAAACAUUGAAAUAGUCUUUUGUAGGCAAUUGAAAAGCAUAGGAGAGGAUUUAUCUACUGCCACGUGUCUCAAAGAGUUGAUUAUAAUAGGGUGCCACGGUUUGAUGUCCGUUCCGAGCCUCCAUGGGCUUUCAUCUCUUCAAACUUUAUUCAUAGUGGGUUGUCGUGGAUUAAGAAGUUUGCCAAGUGGGUUGCCAUCAUGGACUGCUCUUGAGGAAUUGCGUAUCUCGUACUGUUAUGAUCUAAUCUCUAUUCCAGAUGAUUUGAGGAGCAUCCCUAACCCUGCCUGCCUUGCUCGCCUGAAGAAGCUGACUAUUGGUGGUUUCUCAACAGAGCUCAAGGAAUUUCCAGAUCUGGGCUUCAUCGGAUCUCAUCUUGACAAAUUGGAUUUGAUUGCAUGGGGAGAACCAGGAGAACGUCUGCUGGAUCAAAUUCAACACCUAACUGCCCUUAAGUCUCUCGGAAUAAGCGAUUUUGAUGGACUGGAAGCUUUGCCAAAUUGCCUUCUUAUUUAUGGAUGCCCUGAGUUAAAGGAAAGAUGCACCAGAGGAAGUGGUUUCGAGUGGGACUGCAUCUCUCACAUUCGAAACAUCAAAAUAGACGACAGAUGGAUCCAAGGAGCUCCCAUUAAGGAUGAUGAUAAUGAGCAGCUGGUUGAUGAUAGUGAGCAGCAAGAUGAUGAUAGUGAGCAAUUACCAGUGCGGGCUACAGGGUUGAGACACUUCAUUUGUUGCAGAAACUAAUAAAAUAGAAAGAUGAAAACAAGAUUCAGAGCUAGGCAUAAAAGAGGAUACAAUUUUAAAAAAUGAAGUUGCUCAGACAAGUAUUGUGAAUGCUUGCAAGCCUGUCAAAUGUCAAUUAUGUCAUUCUGUAUAAGAUUUACUUAUCUGAUGUGUAGAUAACGUAUGUUGUGUAUAAAGGCUGAAUCAUUUUGCAGGCCUUUGGUUCUUCAAAUUAACCUGCAAGCAAUCAAUCUCUAAAACCUUAUGUGAUGUUGGUGACACCUUGCUAAAAAGGCAAGGAGCCAAGCACAACAAUCAUCUCAAAAACCGUGGAGACCUUUUGGAUUUUUAUAAGAUCCAUACAUCAAUUCAGGCAAGCUGUGCUUCUUCAUAAAUAUUUCUUUCAAAA